AGUUCAAGGAUCGCUGAAGUUCAGGCGAGAGCGUACAGAAAAAAAUGGAUUCUACGAGAAGCUGGCUUGUGGCUGCGGGCUGCUGUUGGAUAAGCGUCUUCACCUUCUCUAUGAUUCGUUCAGCAGCCAUCCUCUACGUGGGAAUACUCGACACCUUCCACGUCACUAGGGAAGAGGCCUCCUGGCCAAUCAGCGUCGCGGGAUCCGUCUAUUUCAUGACAGCACUCGUCGGUGGCAUACUGGCGAGGUACAUCAAGAUCUGGAAGCUCACACUCGCAGGCUGCCUCAUAUGUUCUUCCGCUGUUUCCGUCUGCUACUUCGCCACGAGCAUCUGGUACCUUGCCGUUUUUCUAGGAUUCAUUCACGGUGCUGGUGUAGGCCUCCUUGCCCUUACGACUGUGGUCAUAAACCAGCACUUCGUCAAGUACCGAGCCGUGGCAUCCGGUUUAAACAUGGCCGGCUUCUCAAUCGGCGGACUCCUGUUCCCGCCUCUAACGCAGUUCUUCCUCGCCGAGUACGGUCUUCGCCCCAUGUUCCUUCUUUGCGGUGGCGUGAUAUUAAACGCUGCUGCUGGCGCCAUCCUUCAGCAGAUACCACCUUGUUCUGACAGGGCGUCAGCCGCCAGACAGCAAUGUCGCGAGGCAAAAGAAAAACCACCAGUCAUUAUGCUAGCAGGUGACGAAAAAAACCUGCUGUCGAAACAGCUGAGUCUCCUGGACUCGAGCAAGCACUGUAGAAGCCAAAACGAAGAUCCGGAGCUGGCGGCCACCACUUCAGGAACCGAGCUCAAGCAUGUCGAGGAUGGCUUCAAGAAACACGCCAUUGCAACGACAGAUGACCUAAAGGAGAUUAAUGACCGGCGCGUUUCGAACUACGAACACGGCUCGUUAUCUCAAAAGCCGGUUCGCCCGGAUCACGUGCCUCGUGAGUUCGUCGAAUCUCAGCGGAAAAGGUCGCUCCUCUCCUUCUGCGCCAAACCCAAAUUUUACACGCUAAUAUGCGCGGAGAUUACAAUCUUCUUUAAUAUGUCCAUAUUUAUAACCGUGAUUACCGACUACAGCGCGGACCGGGGCAUAACGAUCUGGGACGCGGUAUCUUUAAUUUCGUCUUACACUAUCGUCGACCUGUUGGCAAGACUCGGCACGGGUUGGGUGACGGACCACGGCUACUGCUCCAGGAACGCAUGGAUGGCUCUGAACUUCCUGCUCUGGGCGCUCGCCUACCUUCUGAUUCCCAUCUGGAGCUCGUACAUUGGUCAGGUCUUCUUAUCCGGAUUGGCCGGUUGGAGCAACGGCUGCACGCUGCCCCUCAUUCCAGUGUUGCUCACGGAGGUUGUAGACAUGGACCAAUAUAGUGUGGCUUUAGGGAUUGGAUCCUUUGUGGUAGGUCUGGCUGGGCUCACAAGACCCGCCUUCAUGGGAUACUACAGGGACAAAAUAGGGAACUACGACGGACUCUUCUUCUUGAUGGGAACAGUUACACUUGGAGUGUCCGUGUUGUGGACAUGCACCGCCGUCUUGGAGCAAAGGUCGGCCAGUCGCCGCGACGUUAAGAAGGCUACACAAGCUCUCAGGGCGCCUGAACGUGGUGAACUAUGACUUAUAGAUGCCAAUAAGAGAAACCGGUUUGUUGAUGCAGCUCUUGAACGUCUCGAUAAAAAUUCUAAAUCAAA